GGAACUGAAGUUUUUUGAAAAAAAGGGGAGGUAGCCAUGAAAAGUAAUGAGCCACGUUCAAGUUCUUCUUGUGCAGCUUGUAAGUUCUUGAAGAGAAGGUGCACAACCACUUGCCAAUUUGCGCCAUAUUUCCGAUCAGACGAGCCGAAGAAGUUUGCUAAUGUACACAAGGUGUUUGGAGCUAGCAACGUGAUCAAGAUCCUGAAUGAAGUGCCACAAGACCAACGAGAGGACACUGUCAACUCGCUGGUCUACGAGGCUGAGGUGAGACUUAGAGACCCGGUUUACGGUUGCAUUGGAGCUAUAGCAUCUUUGCAGAGGAAGAUGGUGGAGCUACAACAUGAUCUGAUGGUUACUAAAGCACAUCUUGCUUACUAUGAAGCCAAGCCCAGUAGCACAACUUCUAAUUGUUCACUCUUGGAUUAUGAUCCUCUUAAUGUUAAUAUCAAUACGCCUUCUUUUUUUGCGGACACUUCUGGUGGAUUCUUGGAUAGCUUCAGCCAGAAUACCUUUGCCAUGGACCAAACUGGAUCCAACAAUGAAUUUGGUCAAUUUCCAUUUCCAUGAUCCUUCUCUAUUUAAUGUACGU